AUGGCACUCUCAAAGAUGCUCAACCGAAGGUUUGAUGGGUUCAAGCUCUCUAAGGCAGAGCUUCAGAAAACCCAUGACUUCGUCUUCAAAGGCCUUCUCGCCGGGGACGAGCCACAUCUGCGGGCCUUCAGGGUUAUUGAGGAGGAGCUUGUUUUUGUCCAUGACAUGUAUUACACAAGGUACUCUUACCUUUACCAAAAGGGUAAAUACCUGGCUCUCUGUCUGCCUGUCAUCAUGAUUGCCCUAUGCUCGUGGCUCACAGUAGCCUGCCUGGACGUCAAGUAUCAGGACGACCGUUAUCGCAGUAAUCAUGGCAAGCGCAGUCUGAUGUCUGAAACCAUAGUCAUAAUGGUUGUCUUGGCAUUCCUGGAGGUAUACCAGCUGUACCUGUACAUAGCCUCAGGUUGGUUUAAGGUGGCACUGAUACGGAGCUACGUCGCCGCACCUUAUUUCCAAACAAGCUGUUUCUCCGAGAUGAUCAUACGUCUUCUCUUGAUAUGGAAGGCGUUUCGCCCAUGGAAGGGCAGACUUGGGCAGUACUGUUUCCUGGAAAAUCUUGGCCGCAGAAGUAAGCUUAUGAGUUGUCUCCAUUAUGGUACACUGGGCUUGCUGGACAAGGCCAUGAAGGGAAGGAAGAAUUCAGUGAAGCUGUCCGAAGAUGUGAAGAAAGCCAUCAUUGAUUCCCUACUAGAAAGCAAUGGAGUCCUGACGAACGGCGUAACAUCGCUGCAAAAGAAUGGCGUCCAUGAUGACCUCAAAUGGCCAUGCGAUGCCACGGCUACUGACGGAGCGGUGGCUCGCACCAUUGUGGUCUGGCACAUUGCUACAACCCUGUGCGAGCAGAAGCUGGAUAAACAAGCCAAAGAAGAAGACGCUGUCAAAACAGCCUCCACUUUAUCCAAGUACUGCAUGCAUCUCCUUGCUUUUGCACCUAACCUCUUGCCCGACCACAGCUCCAUAUCGGAAUCCAUACUUGAUCAGUCAAUCGAUGAAGCAAGCAAGUUACUCAAAGAGGGCAAGAACAAGAAGAUCAAGGGCAAGGACAAGAAGAUCAAGGGCAAGAACAAGAAGAUUUUGGGAAGGUGUGAGAUACUAAUGGAAACUACUAAUACCGAUGGUUGUGUUGAUGAUGAAACAAGGCUUGUUGCGCAGGGCGUUCACCUUGCAAGGCAACUGAUUGAUAACAUACAAGACUCCACAACAAGGUGGAAGGUGCUAUCUGAUUUCUGGGCGGAGAUGAUGCUGUAUGUCUCGCCAUCCGAUGAUGCUCGGGACCACCUGGAAGUUCUUGCAAAAGGAGGGGAAUUCAUCACGCACCUUUGGGCGCUGCUCACGCAUGCCGGUGUGCUGAAGAGAGGCCCUACAGAGCCAAUAGAUGCUGUCUGA